AUGAUAUUUAAAAAUCGGAAAAAUAUAUUUUAUGUGGAAAUAGGGAUUAUUUUACUGUCUGGAAUAGGUGGUCUUUUCGCUUUAAUUAGUGUGUGCUUCAGAGGCUCAUGGAUAUCUCGAGAAUAUUUUGAUCAAAUACAUAUGCAUAGAAAUCGAGAUCAUUUGACGAAAUGUGAAGCAUCUUGUUGGCUUGCAAUAAUUGGAACAAUAUGUUGUGUAACCUCAUCAUUUAUUGGUGCAUUGAGAAUGAGAUAUUGCAAUUUUAAGGAGACGAAAAAGUAUAAAACAGCACAAUUCAUUAAUUCAAUAGCUGGAUUUAUUAGUUUGUUGAGUUCCGUGUCUGUUUGGGCAGACUACCUUUGUCAUUUUCCAUAUGAACUAACUACAACUGAUCAUUUGAAUAAAUUAACUUAUAAUCAACACAAACAAACAAUUAAGAACAGAAAAAUACUUAUCUCUCAAUCUAACGACAAUCAAACUAUUAUAUCAACAAUUUCUUCAAUGAUACAUCUUUCUCAACUCAACUCCAGAUUACAAAUAGACACAGCAUCUGACGUGACAAUUCUUUCACGAAAAUCUUGGAUUAAAAUGGGCAGACCACGUAUGGUGUCAACAACACAAAAACCUCGUACAGCAUGCGGUAGUUACUUACGUUUGUUAGGUCAACUACAUUGUGAAGUGUCUUUCCGCGAUUCGACGUUCGCUGGGAUUGGUUUGACCAACUGCAUUUAG